UACAGCUGGUGGAGUCCAUGUGACUUUGACAAAUUUUAAGCGCUUGCGUGUUUGGAAGCAGCUUGAAAGGGAAUUGGAAGUCCCCAAUAGAAAUGGCAACUAUUUAUUAGCGCAGUCGUAUUCACAAGAUAUUGCAUGUCCUACAGUUAGGUGGGAGUGGGUGAGUGAAGAAGUGGACAGAAUCAGCUGUCGGUAAUCUCCGAGAUCUAAGAAUGUUCUCUCUUGUUCCACGGUCAAUAAUUUCUCGGUCAGCCGUUGCAGGCCAGAAAGCGGCAUUGUUAGAAGGUUUGAAGGUGCUGAAAGAUGACGGUCAACAAAAGCGCAGUGUCACAGGAGACAUCAUUUCUCCAGGGCAGGUUAUGGGCAUUGAGCAUCUCAGGGAUCCUCGCCUAAAUAAGGGUCUCGCUUUCACUUUGGAGGAACGUCAGGCACUCGGUAUCCAUGGUCUCCAACCAGCUCGGUUCAAAAGUCAGGAAGAGCAGCUGGAACUCUGUAGGAUAUCGAUUGAAAGAUAUCAGGAAGACCUGAACAGAUACCUGUACCUCACGGAACUCCACGAUAGAAAUGAGAAACUUUUUUUCAGACUACUGUCGGAAAAUAUCGAAACGUUGAUGCCGAUCGUUUACACUCCCACUGUUGGUUUGGCAUGCCAAAAAUUCGGACUGAUCUAUAGAAGACCCAGAGGAUUAUUCAUCACUAUCAACGAUAUCGGCCAUGUAUAUGAAGUGAUAAAGAACUGGCCCGAACCUAAUGUGAAAGCUAUAGUAGUCACGGACGGUGAACGUAUUUUAGGUCUUGGAGAUUUGGGAGCUUGUGGAAUGGGCAUUCCCGUCGGAAAACUCUCUCUUUAUACUGCUCUGGCUGGAAUCAAACCACACGAGUGUUUACCUAUAGUUUUGGACGUUGGUACGAAUAAUCAGGAAAAACAUUACUGUGCAUUUUGA